AUGGGACGGCAGUGGGGGCCUUCCAUGAAGGUGGCAGAGCAGUCGGGCUGCGUAGUGAGUGCCUCGCGGGCCGGGCAGCCCGACGCAGCCUCGUGGAGUUGCAGCGGGGUGAUCUUGAGCCGCAGUCCAGGCCUUGUGCUGUGCCAUGGGGGCAUCUUCACCCCCUUCCUGCGGUCGGGCAGCGCGGCGCUGACCCAGACGGGUGCCACCUUCCUGCCCGGCGACAGUUGCAGCGAUGACCUGCGCCUGCACGUGCAGUGGAGAUCGACGGCUGCCAGCCCCGCUGGUCGCGCGGAGCAGGAGCUCCCGGGGCUGUGUACACCUCAGUGUGCAAGCUUGGGCCUCGAACCUGGCGCCGCCAGCCGGGCCCGAGCACGGUCUCUGCAGCCCCCGCGGCCUGCGCAGCUGUUGCUGCUGCUCAGCUGCCCGGCCUUCCGCUCCCACUUCGCACGGCUCUUUGGGGCCGAAGCAGCAGAACAAUGGCACUUCGUGAGCUCAGCGCCGGACGACGCGGUGUCGGAGGAGGAGGAGGAGGACCAGCUACGUGCGCUCGGCUGGUUCGCGCUGCUGCGGGUGCGGCCAGGCAUGACGGCGGAGGAGAGACGGGGGCCGGCCGUGGCCGUGGCGCCGCUGGGGACCGUGGCCAAGGGCGCGCCGCUGCUGGCUUGCGGCUCUCCGUUCGGCGCCUUCUGCCCGGACAUCUUCCUCAACACGCUGAGCCGGGGUGUGCUCAGCAAUGCUGCGGGGCCUUUACUGCUCACCGAUGCUCGAUGCUUGCCGGGCACGGAAGGCGGAGGCGUGUUCGCUGCACGGCCGGCGGGUGCUCUGGUGGCGCUGGUGGCCGCCCCGCUCUGCUGGAAGGCCCGAGAGUGGGUGGGCCUCACGUUGCUUUGCGCUGCGGCCCCGCUGCUCCAGGUCGCCCGCUCUGCGCUCGCAUGCCUGCAUCCGGACUCCACCUCCCUGUUGGCUCUGCUGCCACCGGAGGUGGGCGCCCCGCGGGGCCCGCCCUUGCGAGACCUCGGCCCCCCGUGGGCAGCUGCGGCUGUGCUGGUGGAGUGUGGUACUGUGUGGGGCUCCGGAGUGGCCGUGGCGCCUCGCCUGGUGGUGACCUGCCGGCAUGUUGCUCCCCGGGAAGCAACCAGGGUCCUGGUGCACUCGGCCACCCCCAAGAAUGUGGCAAUCUGGGGUCGAGUGGUGUUCGCCACUCAGGAGACCUCUCCAUACGACAUAGCAGUGGUGACCCUGGAAGAGGACCUGAAUGGUGUCCCCACGCCUGUCCCUGCUGAGCACUUCCAUGAAGGCGAGCCUGUCAGUGUGGUGGGCUUUGGUGUCUUUGGCCAGGCCUGCGGACCCUCGGUGACCUCGGGCAUUCUGUCAGCCGUGGUGCAUGUGGAUGGCACGCCAGUGAUGCUACAGACCACAUGUGCCGUGCAUGGGGGCUCCAGCGGAGGGCCCCUCUUCUCCACACGCUCAGGGGAUCUCUUGGGCAUCAUUGCCAGCAACACUCGGGACAACAACACAGGUGCCACCUACCCACAUCUGAACUUCAGCAUUCCUAUAACGGUGCUCCAACCAGCCCUGAAGCAGUAUAGUCAGACUGGCGACCUGUGUGGCCUCCAAGAGCUGGACCUCGCCACUGAACCAGUCAGGGUGGUAUGGCGGCUGCAGCGGCCCCCAACUGAAGCCCCACGGAGCAAGCUCUGAGACUGUCCCUCUUCUGGGACAAGGUAGACCACUUUAUAGCUGUGAGAAGUACAUUGAUGUCACAACUUUGACAUCUCAGUCACCUGCCUGGGCACAGCCUAAGCCAUCCCCUCAUCUUUAACCAUGGACUGUCCAGGAACAAAAGUUCUGUGCAACUUGUGGGUCUCUGAUCUGCUUUGGGGUGCUCUCUUGAGCCUGUCUCAUCUGUUUCCCAGAACUAGUCUCAGAGUUGCCAUUGUUCCUCCUGGGGAUUCUAGUCCAGUAGGCAGAUCUGCUGGAAGGGCAGCCCAGCCUUACCCCAUCUCCCGGUUCAGCAUCUCUGCCUGAUAGCCUGUGGCCAUGUGAAGUGGCUACAGCCAGGGCUCUUGCUUGAUACUCUACUCAGCAGGCAGAGGACCCUGCUUGGAAGCCCAGAGUCCCACUGGCCAUUAACAGGCCUGUCUUCCCAUUGCCACUUUGAUAAACAGGCAAAUAUCCCAAAGCCACCUGCCUUCACUCUGACAUAGUGCCUUAAUUUACUAGCCCAGAGCCUGAGCCACGUGGUCUUUUAGGUGGUGUAUGUGGU